UCAAACUCGCCAGACCUCCCGUUCGUAUAAUAAUUACAUAUGAUAAUAGUACUGAGGUUAGCGUAUGGUAUCGCGCAGCGACAAGUCUCUGUUUUUCACAAUUCUCGCGGGAUUUCACGCUUUGGGGAAAUCCGAGGCAGCGCUGUCCAUGGUGCUGCGACUAUGGCUGAGCUGAAAGAGCCACCUAGCGUGAUCGGGGAGCACCGUACGCUGCUGCGGGUGUCCGACUCACACGGGCUUCAACUGCUGGCCGUGCUCAGAUCUUUUCGGGAGAAGGACCUGCUAUUUGACUUCACCAUUAAAGUCCAGGAGCGCAGUUUUCCCUGCCAUCGUUGUGUUCUGGCAGCGUGCAGCGAUUUCUUCAGGGCCAUGUUUGAGGCGGCGAUGCGAGAACGCGAUGACGGGUCAGUAACACUGUGCAACCAGUUUCCAGCUGUGGUGGAGGCCUUCCUGGAUUUCGCCUACUCUGGCGAGAUCCUCAUCACGGAGGAAAAUGUAGACUCGCUCUUUCAGCUUGCCUCCUUUUUACAGGUCCCAGUUCUGUCCAGAGCCUGCAGUGACUUUUUGUUAGAAACGAUAGAUCUCGGUAACUGCCUGUCACUUCUGGCCCUCGCUGAGGCGUAUGGUUCAGCCUCCCUCCUGCAAAGCGCCACGGACUUUGUGGUUCAAAACUUCCAAGACCUUUCCAACACCCCAGACUUCCUGGACAUGCAGGUGAACGUGUUGGAGGAAUGCCUCAGGUCAGACGCCCUCUGUGUACACAGCGAGGAGGCUGCGGUCAUGUCACUUCUCAGAUGGAUCCGCCAAGAUAUUCCUGGACGACAGAAACUGCUUCCCAAAUUGUUAUCGCUAACAAGACUUCACCAUCUACCCGCGCAUGCGCUCCAGACUCUCGACGAUUCGGAUCUACUGCACGGCAAUCGUUCCUGUAUGGCUCUCAUCUCGGGUGCUAAGACCAGACAAAGUCAGCACGGCGGUCUGUUCACCGACGCCAGGCCCGCCACCACGCGGAGCUACAUUUAUAUCCAAAAGACGGAGGAGAACGGCGUGGUCCACCACUCUUUCUGCUACUGUCUGGAAACAGACCAGUGGAAAGAGCUGGAGAUGGGCCAGGGUCUCGGAAUGAGCACGUUACCAGACCCACCAGGCUCCCAUCUGACUGGCUACGCUGAGAAGAUGUUUGUCACUGGCGGCUGCCGCGGAAACUGUUGCCGGGCAGUACGCAUCCACGUGGCAGAGCCUUUCCACGAGGCUACCGACGAGGUGUGGUGCUUCUCCCCCGUAACGAAAACCUGCACGCCAGCUCCGGCGAUGCUGAAACCCCGGACCAUGCACACAGCCGUGGUCUGCCUGGACCGGGUGUACGUCAUUGGGGGGCGGACCGAAGGAUCCAGAGGGGCUGCUCCCAGUCUACUAGAGGUGGAGUAUUACGACCCACUGGUGAAGACCUGGUUCUCGGUCAGUUCUCUACCAACUGCAAUCUUCUAUCCUGAGGCCAGUGUCUGUGGCAGCAGCAUCUACACCCUGGGAUCAGAGACGGAGAUAACGGACUUCUUUAACCCCUCGCUGGACUGUUUCUUCAGCUACGACGCUCAACAAGACCAGUGGUGCCGCCUCGUGGCAGAGUUUGGCCAGUUUUUCCACGCGACACUGGUCAAGGCUGUGUCGGUUAAUGAAAUACUGCACCUCUGCGACCUGUCCACUUACAAGGUGUACAGUUUCUGCCCACAGACUUGCGUGUGGAAAGGGGAGGGCUCGUUUGAGUGUGCGGGGUUCAAUGCCGGAGCGGUAGGUGUGAGAGACAAAAUUUACAUUUUAGGCGGAGACUAUUCCCCUGAUGAGAUUACAGAUGAAGUCCAGGUGUACCACAGUGACAGGAGCCAAUGGGAGGAAGUGGCGCCUAUGCCCAGAGCCCUGACUGAAUUCCACUGCCAGGUCAUCAGCUUCAACAGGCACACAAACCCAUGGAGUGACGUAGAAUGAUGCACACAGGCUGUAGAAUCUUGUAAAAAGCACGUUUUUCAUUGAUAAUGUAAGUUACAAAUUGUUAAUUAAAACCUCCGACUAACACCACAUCCAAGACUAUCUUCCAAUUCAACCAUGCCCCCCGAGACAUACUUCACACAGAAAGACCAGAGAUUUGAACCCCUGACCUCAGAGGUGUCAGGCUAAUGUCCUAAUCACUCAGCAACUGCUGAAGAAGUCGUUAUGUAAAUACAGUGAAGAAAAUAAGUAUUUGAACACCUGCCUAUCAGCUAGAAUUCUGACCCUCAAAGACCUGUUAGUCCGGUUUUAAAAGUCCACCUCCACUCCAUGUAUUAUCCUGAAUCAGAUGCACCUGUCAAAAGACACCUGUCCACCCCAUACAUUCAGUAAGACUCA